CAGCGUACACCUACAUCUAUACGAGCUUUGCGAGGCCUGAUAAAGCAGGCAAGUCAACGUCACCGCCGACUUUCAGUUGAUAUUAAAAAAAUUCUCCGCGCUGGGGAGAAUAUUGCUCUGGACAGAGAGGUUCUCUUAAUAGAGAAUAAGAAUCUUCAGACUGCUCUAAAUAAUGAGAGAAGGCGACGCAAACGGGGUAAGCGUAUGGGGUUGCUUAAUCCAUCAAAUCCCUCACUUGCUCAAUUCUUUUCUCCCACAAAG